AUGGGUCCCCCAGCCCGGAACUCGCGGCGCCCGGAACGCUGCGUGCGGGGGCGGCGACCCGGCCGGGUCAGCGGCGGACCGGACCGUAGGCGGUGCCGCGAUUGGUGGGCGGUGGCGCGCCCGGCCUUGCUAUUGGUGGGCGGCGAGGUGGCGUAUUCCCAGAGCACUGGCCAGAAAGAGCAGCUGAGCCGCUGCCUGCAGCGAGGGAUCAGGCGGGUCCAGGACCUCUGUAAAGUCCUCCAGCUCCCGAGGGUGUUUGAGGAAACGGCGGUGUCAUACUUCCAGAGAGCUGUGCAGCACCCCUCCUUCCACCUGGUCAGUCUGGAGAAGAAGGAACUUCUGGGGGGCUGCUGCGUCUUCGUGACUUGUCGACAGCACAACUGGCCCGUGACGAUGGGGACAAUCUGCUCCCUCCUGUAUGCGAAGCAGGAGCUGUUUGCCAGCGUCUACCUGAGUCUUCAGAAAGAGCUCGGGCUCUCUGUGCCGGCCCUGAGCCUGGCAGAUCUGGUGAAGACACACCUGAACAGUUUUCGGCUGUUCCAGCCUGAGGCUGACGUCCCUGCCCCAUUUGUGGAGGACAAGGAGAAGAUGGUCGCCCGAACCAUGCAGAUCGUGGAGCUGGCCAGCGAGACGUGGCUGGUCACCGGCCGUCACCCUGAGCAGUGUGCUGUGGCCCCAGGUGAGGACUCCCUGGGUGAGGCCUCUCCCGGCUCUCCUCCGGCGGCAGGAGGGGCAGCGCAGGAGGAGGGCUGUCCCUCGGAAGGGAAACGCCAGCAUGAGGGGGGCCUGAGGCCCUUGCUGCCACCCUGCCUUAUCAAUCCAAGGAAGAGACUACGGACGGCAGCCCCGAGCGCUUCAGAUUCUGCCGUCACUGGCGACGAGCCCAUCUCUGACAGCGAAAUCGAGCAGUAUCUGCGGAGCCCGGAGGAGAUGCGUGCCUUCAGGAAGGCCAAGGCCUGGCCCUGA